AUGGCAUGCAAUUAUGAGAUCGUUCAGAUAGUAGUUGGCGUAUUGGUGUUGGGAUUGUUUGAUUCGAGAACAGCACAGUGUCGGCCAAGUAGGGUUUUGGAGAGCAUCGAAUACUCGGCUUUGAGUUGCCGGAAACACACAGCCUCGUUGACGGAUUUCGGCGGUGUUCCUGAUGGAAAAACCUCUAAUACGAAAGCAUUUAAAGUUGCCAUUGAUAAACUAAGUAGUUUGGCUGGAGAUGGUGGAGCUCAGCUCAUUGUUCCUCCUGGGAAAUGGCUCACUGGUAGUUUUAAUCUCACUAGUCAUUUUACUCUUUUUAUCCAACAAGGAGCUGUUAUUCUUGCAUCUCAGGAUGAAUCAGAAUGGCCUCUUCUUCCUCCAUUGCCUUCUUACGGAAGAGGAAGAGAUGCUCCCGGAGACAGGUUUAGUAGUCUCAUUUUUGGCACAAAUCUUACCGACGUGAUAAUUACUGGAAAUAAUGGAACAAUUGACGGACAAGGUGAAUCGUGGUGGAAAAAAUUCCGUAAUGGCGAAUUACAUAAUACCAGACCUUAUCUGAUUGAGAUUAUGCAUUCAGACCGUGUUCAAAUUUCAGACAUUACUUUGAUCAAUUCACCUUCAUGGAAUGUUCAUCCUGUUUAUAGCAGCAAUGUUCUUGUCCAGAGACUCACAAUUCUUGCACCAAUCGAUUCUCCUAAUACAGAUGGGAUUGAUCCAGAUUCUUGCACAAACACUAGAAUUGAGGAUUGUUACAUAGUAUCGGGAGAUGAUUGCAUCGCGGUAAAAAGUGGUUGGGAUCAAUACGGGAUAAAAUUCGGAAUGCCAACCGAGAAGCUGAUCAUUCGAAGACUUACUUGCAUUUCCCCCGAUAGUGCCACAAUCGCUCUAGGUAGUGAGAUGUCCGGAGGAAUUAAGGAUGUUAGAGCCGAAGAUAUCAUAGCAAUCAACACACAAUCUGGUAUUAGAAUCAAAACCGCCAUUGGAAGAGGAGCUUAUGUUCGAGACAUCUUUGUAAGAAGAAUGAACAUGAAGACCAUGAAGUAUGUGUUUUGGAUGUCAGGGUCUUAUAAUCAACACCCUGAUCCCGGCUUUGAUCCGAAAGCAUUUCCCAAGAUCGAAAACAUAAACUACAAAGACGUAAGGGCUGAAAACGUAACAUACUCAGCGAGACUUGAGGGAAUUCCACAAGACCCCUUUACCGGAGUAUGCAUUUCUAAUGUCAGUAUCAAUUUGACUGAAAAACCAAAGGAGUUGCAGUGGAAUUGCACCAACAUCGCCGGAGUUACAAGCCAUGUGAAUCCUAAGGCUUGUAAUCUGUUGCCGGAGAAAGAAGAACCUAUUAAUUGUCCUUUUCCGAAUGAUAGGUUACCGAUCGAGGAUAUCUCGAUACAAAAAUGUAAAAUAUAG